AUGUCCUUAAAGCAAGAAAAAAGGCAAGGUCUCUUAAUAAAAGAAUAUAGAUUUUUUAAGAAAAUCCAAAAUCCACGAAAAAUAGAUGAAUAUUUAGUGAAAUGCAUUUUGAAAGAUGUAAGAAAUCGGAAAAGCAUCGACUUGAUCAAAACUUCUUAUAUAAAUAAGCUUGAAAUAUUUGACCUUCAAAAUGUCUAUCCCUUGUUUAACUAUUUUUUAGAUCAAAAUUCCAAAGAAGACCUCUUACAAGUCAUUUUUCUUUCAAGAUCCUCCACAGAAAUUGAUUUAGCAUGCAGUAAUGCUGCAACUGUACUUGCAAAAAGUGAUUUUUCAUUUAAUAAUAUCAAUUUAAGCAAUGUGCGUAUUCCAAAAGCUGAUUUAUCUCAGUGCUUACUUUUAAACGUGAAUUUUGAAAACAGUAACUUAAAUGAAGUUAAAUUUUUGCAAUCCCACAUUAUUAACGUGAAUUUUAAAAAUUGUAACCUCAGCAAUGCAAAAUUUGGAUAUUUUAUGAAAACUAGUUCGCCAUCUGCUACAGGGCUUAGCUUCUCUCCUGAUGAGAAACAAAUUUACUAUAAAAAUAAUUAUAGCUUGAUAGAAUGGGACUUGAAAACUCAAGAAACAAAAUAUCAAGCUGACAUCAAUGAUCUUAUUUCAUCACAUAUCACUGCGAUUUAUAGCACUAACCUUAAACCAUAUUUUGUGAAAAUUCAUGGACAGUAUAUGGAAUUUUGGAACCAGCAUGAUCAAAACUAUUUAUUUAAGAUAAACACAGCGAAAAUUGUAUUUUCGCCAAAUUGAAAAUAUAUUGCUGUUCUUGAUAGUAAGUCAUGGGUUCUAAGCUGAGAUAUAGAUGUAAAUAAGCAAACGCUUGGAGGAACCAAAGGCUUCAUUUAUAAGGGUUCCCAGCUGAUUUUUUCUCCGUGCAGCAAAUAUUUAGCAAUUAUCAAAACAAGUGUAAUUUAUAUAAUUGAAACUGGUAAUUGAAGCCUUGUUAAAUCGAUAUGGGGAAAAUUUUCAGUUAAAAAAGCUUUCGCAAUUUCUUAUUGUGGAGAAUGAAUUGCGUAUGGUGAUACAAACUUAUUGCAGCUGAUAAAUUUAACCACAUCAGAUAAAACAAGAAUCUAUCUAGCACACAAAAAACUCACUCCCACCCCUCCGUGAGUGAACAAAAAAAUUUUGUUCACUCACAGAGGGGGGGGUUAAUUUUUUUUUUAAAAAAUUUUUUUUUCGAAUUUUAAAAAAAUCCCAAUUUGCAAAAAUUGGAAAGCAAAUAUUAAUUUAAUUUAUAAAAUUUUAAGUUUUAAAAUGCAAUCUGUUUUAAAAUUAAACAUAAUUAGCUCGAGAUUUCAUUAUAAUAAUUAUAACUUAUAUAUAAAAUUUUUUUUUUCCAUAAAAAAAUUCUUGUUCACUCACGGAGGGUGAGUUUUUGGGCAAAAAAUAGCGAUUUUUCUAAUGGUUUUGUUCACUCACGGAGGGAGGGAAUCAGAGGACUAUCAUUUUCUCCUUGCAACAGAUUUUUAGCUUUCGGAUCAAAUGACAGUACUUAACUAAACUUAAAAGACUUAAAGUAUUCCAUAUUUGAUGUCUCUGCUUGCUUGCUAUCACCAGAUUCUGCUUGCCCGUGGAAUUCUUUGCCUGAACCCUAUCUCAGCAGUGGCCUACUCCUGGGCCCUAGAGCUUGCACCGAUAUCCAGAGUCUCUUAUGGCUUAGAAAGAUUCCUUUUAUUCCAUGCCAUUCGAAUUUUAUGAAGGCAAAGGCUAGCCCGAUGCCUCUUGUUGGCCAUCUUGAAUGUGAACUGGCAGGGAAAAACCCGUGGCCCAAAGUCAUCCGGAUAACAAAUAACUGGACUGGAGCCACAACUAACUGACAACCAGGUUUCCACCCCAUACUGCAGCUCAAGGUAUACUAAGAGUCAUAAUUAAAAGAGCUUGAAACUCGAUUUAGGCUAUAGAGCGACUUUGGUGCUCAAAGUGAUGGUAGUCGCCAAGCAUAUUUUUUUUUGGCUACCACCAUAUUAAUUAUAUGAUAGUACAGGGUAUAUCAUGGAAUUAAAAAGUCAGAAAAUUUCUCAGAUUUUUACUGGGUUUGAGAAUAACGUGACUUCAGUGUUAUUUUCACCAUCAUAAUUAAAAUAUGGCGUCUUCGUCUGGGUGUGGCCUCCGGCCACACAUACUCGACUCAUAUUUUAAUUAUAUCCGGCAAGGUUUUGCCAUUCCGGAAAUGAGCAACAAUGCCAUGGUAAGCAAUUCUGCAGUGCAGAGCCUGGCCCAUGCUCAACCACCAGAAUGGAUUUUCUCCCCGAGAGAAAAGGAGUCUCAGGUUUGGAAAGGGUAAGCCCAGCAGAGUCUACAGGCAAUGCCUAGACCAUUCGGGCACCUACCUAGCGUGAAACUGGGCGUUACGUCCCAGGACUUGAAGAUUUUCCUUUUUUGCCGAAAGGUGACCAGAAAUUCCAUUUUUUGGAAUUUCUCGAGAGCCAACUCUCGUCAACUCAAGCAGCAGCCGCAGAAGCCCAUAGCCCGCCCACUCAACACUAAGCCACGGCUCACGCGCGUGGGAAGGAGUAGGUGUAUGUCCUGGUGACUGGUUUAUAUGGCCAGUUUGGACUAUACCGCAAAGCAGGUGAACCCUAAUACUGGGUCCUUGGUGACUGCGUCAACACUACGGCGGACGCCUGUAAAUUUAAGUUAAGUUAAGUUAUUUUCACCAUCAAGUAAAUAUAUUUCUUGAAAUGAUUCUAAUUGUAAUAUCAGAAUCUAUGAAUUUUUCCCUAAUAUUUUUAAAAACGACUAUAAUCGUCAUUAUCAAAUUCAUAUAGCCAAAAUAUCUCCUAAAGGAUCCUAUCUCUUUACUUCAAGCCCAGACAAAUCCAUCUUGUGAGACUUAACAACUUUUGCUCCAAAGCAAAUAAAGCAAAUAUCAGUCAGUGGUUCAUAUGAUGAGUAUGUAUUUUCUCCGUUUGAAACUUAUUUCGCUUUUGGGAUUUUUGGUGGUGUCCAUAUUUAUAAUAUAAAGCUUGAUGUCCUAAUUGUGCACAAAUCAAAAAACUAUGAGUGAAAUUACUUUACAUUUUCUAAGCAUGAGGAUAGUUUGAUUACUUUUGAUAGGCGUUUUUACGAAUAUUAUAGCUUUCCUGGUUUUGAAAUUUUAAGAAAAAUUGAUACUCAGGAAUUAUUAUUAAAAUUAUCUGAUGGGAUGAUACCUGUCCUAAAUCUAGUUACAAAGUCAUGAGAUAUUGAGGUAGGAGUGGUACCCCAGAGUUAAUGCAGAAAAGGUAAUUUCUAAUCCACGGCUAGACUCACAAAGUUAUAAAGGAUUACCCAAGAGCAUUUAGGGCAUCUUCUAGAUAAAUAAGGACAUUGACCAGAUCAAUAUAAAAAUCUGAGUUCAUUCUUUAGUAUACAGCUGACCAGAAAUUCGAUUUUUAGCAUUUUAUAAACCAAUAUAUCUAGUAUCUGAAGGGCACACAAACUUCUAAAUUCUUGGAGCUAGUGAAGUUCUUAUCAGAAGGAAUAACAGGUAAACCCUCUCUAGGAUUGAUCAGCAGACUUCAGAGUAAUAAGGAAGGGAGCAAGGGUUUAUAGAUUGACAGCUAGCUUCUCAGAAAUCUAAUCUAAUUCUUUUGAUACUCAUGAGGUAACUGGGCUGAACCCUUGUGGCUUAUUUAAAUCACCUUAAAGAACCAGAGAAACACAUUAAAACCUUAAGUAAUCUAAGUUCUAAGAUACUCAUGAGGUAAACGUAAUUUCUCAUAAUUUUUCUGACUGUGGGAGGUAUCAUUUGUGGAGCACAAAAUUUAAUAUUCAUAUAUGGGACUUAGAAAAAGGCCACUUGAUUAAAAGAAUGGAAUCAAAAAAAUAUUGAAAUUAUAGAUUUACUUUUACGCCUCUUUUAAAGCAAGUUGCUUCUUUUGAUUCCAAAGAAGAAGUUUUUAUUAGGAUCUGAAAUAUAAAAAUUGGAGGAGAUACUUCUUUGAAGAUUCCAGGAGUAGAAGCACUAUGUUGUCGUUUUACUUCUGAAGAAAAUUUGAUUGUAGGAGGAUAUAAAAAUGGGGUGAUUAAUGUAUGGGAUAUAAAAGCGCAGACUGUAAUAGAAAAGAUUAGGACUUUAUUUUUAAGAGAUAUUAGUUGAGUUGAAGCUACUAAGUGUCAUAUUUUGGUAAAAGAAAAAAAGAAUAUUCAAAUUUAUAAAUCGAACCAACUGGGCUACAAGUAA